UGUAUCAAAAAUCGAAUAAUAAUAAUAAUAAUGGCUACUUUCUUAAUAAACUGUUUUUGUUCAAAGAAAGCCAUAGUUCCUAGACUAAGAUUUCAGUACGAAGAUCCAGUCAUUCUUGCCUCGGAAACCGCUUUUACUGUGAAUGAAGUGGAGGCCUUGUAUGAUCUGUUCAAGAAAUUAAGCAGUACCUUAAUUGAUGAUGGUCUAAUUCACAAGGAAGAGUUCCAACUAGCUCUAUUUCAAAAUAGUAAACAGAAGAAUCUUUUUGCAGACAGGGUUUUCGAUUUGUUCGAUUAUAAGCGAAAUGGGGUUAUUGAGUUUGGCGAGUUUGUUCGGUCAUUAAGCAUAUUCCAUCCCAAAGCUCCUGAAAAUGACAAAAUUUUAUUUGCAUUUAGACUCUAUGAUCUAAGACAGACUGGAUAUAUUGAGCGUGAAGAGGUGAAGGAGAUGGUAUUGGCUCUUUUUAAUGAAUCAAAUCUUACACUUUCCGACGAAGUAAUUGAAUCAAUUGUAGAAAAGACAAUGACCGAAGCAGAUUCAAAAGGCGAUGGGAAAAUUGAUAAGGAAGAAUGGAGAGAGUUUGUAUUAAAGCAUCCAAAUCUCAUAAAGAACAUGACUCUUCCAUAUCUAAGGGACAUAACGAUGGCAUUUCCAAGUUUUGUGCUAAAUUCUCAAGUUAAGGACUAGAAUUGAAGAUCAAAGUAUGUAUAGAAGUCAUUUUGAGCUAUUGAUGUUUUUGCUUCUGGCCACAAUUUUGGUUGCUGCUAAUAAAGCAAACAUGAUGGAAAUUGCUAACAAUUUUUCUUUUAAUUUUUUUUUUUUUUUUGUCUUUGGUGUAAGUUGCUCCAUGUGGAAAAACCUACUAUGAGAUUUACAAAAUUAAUUUCUAGUAGUAAUGCAUGUAGUAAGAACUUCUUCUAGCUUUUUCUUUGGACUU